UGAAAGGUAUGCAAAUGACAAGCAAAUUGGAAGAGCCGGGAAGAAAGGCAGCUAUAAUAAACAAGACAAAGAGAAAGGACGAGGGGACCGGCCCCGGAGUUUUAGCCGGGGGAGAUCAGAAGAAUGGGGUUUGGCGAAAAGCGGGGAUCUGCACGAACAAAAAAGCGACCCGGUCCCCCUCGCGGUCCUCUCUCCUGAGAAGAGAGAGCAGGAGAAAGAAGGAAAGGGAGCAAACGCCUCCUCACACCCCAGAAACAGUACACAAAAGAGAGAGGAAAACACGCGCGCGCACACACGGUGAUAUCUUGCGGGUGAUGAAUAUGAUAAUUGGACAAGAGACGACUCCCCCCACGCGUCUAUCAGGGAAACAACACAGAGGAGCGCAUACACACCACUCACACCUCCAACUAUUGACUGUUGUAUCAAGUGUUCUAACCGGGAUGUGCCAGUUUAGUCUGGGAGCAGAAAUAACCAACAUGCCCAUUAGACACAGGACGAAAUAAUGCUUCUAUUGGUUGGGUCCCUUCGAGAUUCAGUUGAGAGGCAAACGUGGACAUGGAUUUUGGAGAAGGAUGCCUAAGGACUUCCCGGUCACCCACCCACCUACCACCUCCACCAGCACCACCACCACUAUCCCAACCCUGAAGAAGGGAAGAGAGGAAAACCAACCCCAGGGUGCAGGCCUGCCUGCUGCAAGCUUUCCAGAGGCAAAACUGACUGACGGCCUCUCUCUCACUCUCAUCUCCUGUGCCCAGUGUGACGCCAAGCCCAACCUGGAUUUGUUCUGAAUGGGGGGGAAGUGAAAUACCACAAGAUCAGUAGCAAGUAGCAGCUGCAGCGUUUUCUCUCCUGGGAACCCCACUGCUUAGAAGCCUCCCGAGUGAUGUUUGUUUAACCAACAGCUUUCAAAGUAAACAGAAGCCAAUCACUCCAAAGAAGUUGAAAUAUAACCCUUACAAGAAUUUGUUUCCAGGGGUGCUGGCAGAAGGAAAGUAAAUUUUUAAAAUGAGAAAGAACCCACUCCCAAAUAAAGAGUCUGCCACAUUGC